UUUUACAGGGUAAAUAAAUAAAUAAAUAAAUAAAUGUUUGUUUAAAAGAUUGCUGAUAUUAAUACCGAACAGUUUGUACAGGGUCUUAAGAAACAUUACAGAGAUCCUACAGACAUGGAGUUAGUAAUAGAUUUUCUGAAAUCAUUAGUGCCAUUUUAUACCUGUAUUAAAAAUAUAAAAUCCGGAAAUCGAGAAGGAGCAUCGAUAAGUUGUACCUUCGAUGUUCUUAGUCUUCUUCUACUCGCUGGAGUUGGAGCAAAAUAUUUCUCCGUUAUGUGGAGUAGUAUGAUUGCUUAAAUAGGACCCAAGCUUUAUCAAGUAUAUCAAAAUCAGCAUUCACUAAAUUGAUCAUGUCAACCGGUUUGAACCAAAUUUAUACAACCCUAACAGAAGAAAUUCUAACCAAGCAACUUCUAAAAGACAUCACAGUCGAGUCGCUAAGAACAUUGGAUCCUGGUUUUGUACAUUUUUACAAUUUUUUUGAUUCUCUAGUCAAAUAGUGGGAAAUAUGAUCCGGGCAUUAUCGUCAAGAUUGAAAAGCAUGACGAGGCUGAAGAAUCUUCUAAAAUCUAUUAAACCAGUAAAUAACAUUCUUGCCUGGAAUGCAAAAAUGCUAAAAGACUCUUCGGUCGUGAUUCAUCAGGAGAAUAAUUAUAAGGUCGUUAGAUAUCUUUAUCCUGGGGGUUCGAAUUAUUACGGACCUAAGUGCAUAGCAUCGUUUGAAAAAGAUGCCGAAAUGAUAACUAUCGAAGGAAAUGCAUUUCAAGUUCCUGUUGUACCUGUGAGAUCCACCGGUAAUUCAAUCCACUAUCAAGAACAGUUUCCAGAAACGAGUACAAUUUCUAAAGAGAAACUAGAAAUUGGUAGAGAUGACAUACUUCGUAGAAUAGGAAACUACAUCGAAAUUAUUGCAGCGGAAGGAGGAGAUUUCAGCGUCAUUCGUAAUUAUCACGUCUAUCAUAAUACAAUCGAGUGGAAGAAGACCCCUGAAGGGACCCAAAACCAGAUUAGCAAUAAUCCAACUGUUGAUACUAACGCCCUUGUGAAGACUGAUCCCAUAAUACUCCUGGAACUUCAAGAAAGCGAGUACGCAAUGACGUUGUAACUAGUCCAUCAAAAAAAUCUCAAAAUCAACAAUCUAUUAGCAGGAGUUUUGUCUACCAAGAAGAUAUGAAACAAACAGUACAUUUGUUGACAAAAUUUAAAGAGAAUGGUUUAACCAACUCAUUAGAAAAUAACGAACUGUUAUCCCUGCGAAAAGCUGUUCACUCAAUGGAUUUUUAUCAAACCAUCAAUAAUGUAUUUAAGCCACCAAAAAUUUUAUUCUAAAUAUCAAUGGCGAGAAUAAUUUAGUUCCUACUUAUGAUAAAUUGGCGAGAGAAAUCUACGCGAGUAACACAUUUCCAAUCCAGUAUAUGAGAUUUAAAAUUGAUAAUAGCAAUUUCGUUAAUGAUAUUCUAUUUCAAAAAUCACUAGUGCAGAUAAAUGAUAUUGAUAUUGCACGAAAUACAAUUUUUACCAUUUAUAAUGGUAUUUAUAAACAGAAAGUUGAACCGGUGUUUGAAAUUUAUCACAAUUCACCUAACAUUAGAGAACUUAUGCGAAUUGAUCUAUUCGUUUACUUCCAGUACUUUAUUAUUAGAUGCACUAGCACCGAAUAGAUUAGCUAUUGCAUUACGUAGACUUGCCUUAAGACAGUGUAGUGAGCCAUUACUCUCUACUCUAACUACAAUUUAUUCUAUUUCAAAAAUUUCUUUAGAGGGAUAUCAAGAAUUAAUAAGAUACAAAACUGGUGGUUUUAUUCGUUUUCCAAAGAUGAUUAAAUUUUUAUCGAAGCAAGAUAAUUUGGUAAAUACUAUGCAACUUAGUAAACCUUCAGAUAUAAUAGUAAUGUAUCAUUUAACAAUAUCAAAUAAGGCUGGAAUAGCUGAUUUAACUUCUAUUCUAAGUGAGGAAAAUGGACGUAUGUAUAUAUUUGAAGAAAUGAAAUUGAAAAUUAUUGAAAGGAGUAAAGAGAUAAUUGAUGGAACGGAUGUCUUUGUAAUAAAAGUCGAAGACGAUAAAUCAUCAAUAGAGAGACGAAUAGUCUGUACAGUAAACAGAAUUAAUCAAUUAUUUCUACAUGGUUCUAAACUUCAAGUUAAUAAUAUUAACAGUCGCCGAUGAAAACGUCGAUCUAAGAACAAGUAAUAGUUUGUGUGUUUUACAAAUUUUGAAAAGCUGUCUCUAAAAAUACACGGCGUCAAUAUAAUCAAAAUCAAAUUCACAGAUAAUUUUAUCUUUUCCAGUAUUUUUAGUAUUAAAAAAUUUAGACAAUUUAAUAUUUAUAAUUUUUAAAUAUUGUUGAAAUUCUAAGCCGAAUUUUUGUCAUUCUGUAAUAAAAUAUUUUUUUAAGUACCUACAUAACCAAAACGUUAGUAAAACAAUAUAAAACAUUUAAAAUAAUAAAUAUAGGUAAAGGAAUGAUAAUUAUGUAGCAUCGAAAACACGAGAAAGGAAUAAAAUAUUUUUUCAAAAACAAAUAUAGUAAAGCUAAUAAAUUAUUUUAUUAAAUUUUUAUUGUUGAACGGAAAAUUUUAUGUUAGGAAAAAAAAAAAUAUUUGAUUAUUCUUUAAUUACCAUUUUUAAUGAAUGAAAACCAAAAAGUUAAAUAAAGAAAAUUUUGCCAAUUUAAUAAUAAACGAAUUGCAGUUAUAAUGUUUUCUUAAAAUCUGUUGAAUUUGUCUCACUAAAACUUAAUUUAAUUAUUUCGAAUUAUAAAUUAAAAUUAUAGACCGAUUAUUACUGAUUAUUUCACGCUUACUUCUUGACAGUUGUAUAACGACUGACUGAAGUUACAAAAUUUUCAUAAUUGUUAAAGAUCUGGGAUCUUUGACACAAUUAAACGAGCACAAUGUAUUAUUCAAUUACAUUUAUUGAUAAUAAAAAUCGAGCGAUACAUUUGCUAAGACGUGCAAAACAGUAAUAAGAACGAACACCUGGUGGAAGUUGACCAGUUUCAUCUACCAAGAAGAUAUGAAACAAACAGUCAAUUUGUUGACAAAAUUUAGAGAGAAUGGUUUUCAAAUAAUAAUUUGAAAAUAAUAAAUAAACUAAUGUAGAAUCAAAAACACGAAAAAAGAAUAAAAUAUUUUUUCGAAAACAAUUUUUAUGUCGUAAAUAAAUUACUUUAUUACAUUCCUUUUGAUAAACGGAAAAUUUCAAGAUUAAGAAAAAGUUUUUAUUUGAUAAUUCUCUAGUUCAAAGGUGAUACAAGUUAUAUCAACAAACAUACGUAACCAGACGAAAUACAUUAAUCAAGAUUUAUGCAAAAUUUUCCUUGAAAUAGUAAAAUUUUCGCGAAGGAAAAACAAUUGAUAGAUAGGUUAAGUUUUCAGUAGGAACAAACAGAUGUGAAGGAAGACAAUUUAUCUAAAUACGGUGUACUUUGAUCCCACAUUGCAAACGUCAGCAAAGAAGAGAACAAAAGUAGAAAAAAAUAUUUAGAAAUUAUCAAGAGUAUCAGAUCAAAAUGAACUAUGUGACACUCCUCAGUCAGUCAGUGCCAAACUUUCAGUUUCUAACUGUUUGUCACUACAUAACAAGUUUUGGUAUAUUUUUCAACAAUCAGGAUUUAAUUUCCCUUGAAUAUCAAAAUCAUUCCGUCUCUGUUCUAAACACUCUUUUUGAUUAUCUUCACUAUGCGGAAAAUGAAUCUUCAACAAAACUUGAACUCCUUCAGAGAGUGUUGGCUGGAAGUGAUCUGUACGGUGGAGGAGAAAAUGAAACACUUGACAUGAAAUACGUGGAUGACACAUUUCACUACAUCAUUACUAAUGCUCUCUUUUCCCAUUAUGGAAACAUUCACGGUUAUUUAGCAGAAAUUAUAAAUCGAAUAAACAAAAUAAAAUAUUCGGAACUAAAAGAGAACGUAUUCUAUGAUUUUUCGAAAAAUUACAAAAGUUUAGAUUACUGCUCAUCUAGAAGAGAAAACAUUGAACUCACGUCGACAACAGUUCGCAAUGUUUUUGAUAAUCAUAUUUGGUCAAUAUUUCCCGAACCAGAGGAAGAUAUAGAUAUAUUGGAUGUUAAUUACAUAUACGCAAUGAUUGGUUUAAAAAUCGCAGAAUCUAUCCAAUUUGCAGGUAAUCUAUCUUUCGACAAUUAUAUUCUCCUAUCCCAAGCUAUCGAAUUUCAAACAAUGGAUAACGAAUCUUAUCAAUUGACUUUGGAAUUAUUUAAGGCACCAGCAUUAUUUUACUACGCUCAUAUCGAGAGGGUGAUAUUUCGUCAAGCUGAUGUAUCAACUUUGAUGAAAAGUGAAAAAUUCUGGUACGAGGCGUACAAGAAAUUAUUCAGUUACAUUAAUAUUCUGUUGAGUAGUAGUUUAAGAAUAGAAAUGAAGAGGAGUCUUUAUUCGAAAUUACAAACUCAACUGCAACAUUUAUUAAGUCGAUCCUUUAUUGCUGCUGAACUAUUGAAAAUCUAUUGUAGCUACUCGAGUAUAGCAGAAGUUUCGGAAAUUUAUAUAGCUUUAUACAAGUUUUCUCGUUGGAUAUUAAAAUUAUUUUUACCAAAAGAAUGCAGCGGUGAUAGUCUUCCAGAUUUGGAGGAAUUGUACGAUCAGCAGUUUGAUGAGGUACGGAAAACAUUCAAUGAGAUUGAACAAAAUUCGUUGGAACAGGUAUUGCUGGAUGGUGACAUGAUAAAGAGGAUGAAUUUAAAUUCGACUGUUCUAAAUGCUAAUAUACCACACCAUAAUAUGCAUUGUAUGUACUGCCCACCGAUGCCUAGAAAAAAGAAUAGUGACAUUUAUUUAAUAUUUGCAAUAAUUGAAAACAAGAAAACUGACUUUUAUGCUCUUCGACAGGAAAAUAAUACUUUGACAUUACUUAAAAGUGAUGGAAAUGAACGCGAAUUUUCCAAAGCAGUCGCUAAUGAUUCUUCCCUAGAAAUGGAGAUUCCAGUAAUUUCGCAAAUUUAUAAACGAAAUGGUGAAGAUUAUAAGAUAUUUGUUCAAAAGAUUGCUGAUAUUAAGACCGAACAGUUUGUACAGGGUCUCAAGAAACAUUACAGAGAUCCUACAGACAUGGAGUUAGUAGUAGAUUUUCUGAAAUCAUUAGUGCCAUUCUAUACCUGUAUUGAAAAUAUAAAAUCCGGAAAUCGAGGAGGUGCAGCAAUAAGUUGUACUUUCGAUGUUCUGAGUUUUCUUCCUAUCGCUGGAGUUGGUGCAAAAUAUUUCUCCGUUAUGUGGAGUAGUAUGAUUGCUAAAAUAGGACCCCAGGCUUUAUCGAGUAUAUCAAAAUCAGCAAUAACCAAAUUGACGAUGUUAACCAGCUUGAACCAGAUUUAUACAACCCUAGCAGAAGAAAUUCUAACCAAGCAGCUUCUAAAAGACAUCACAGUCGCCUCGCUAAGAACAUUGGAUCCCGGUUUAGAACUAUCAUACAAUUUUUUUAGAUUGUCCAGUCAAAUGGUGGGAAACAUGAUUCGGUCAUUAUCGUCAAGACUGAAAGGCAUGUCGAGGAUGAAGAAUCUUCUACAAUCUAUUGAACCAGUAACUAACUUUCUUGCCAGGAAUGCAAAAAUGUUAAAAUACUCUUCUGUCGUUAUUAAUCAGGAGAAUAAUUAUAAAGUCGUUAGAUAUCUCUAUCCCGGGGGUUCGAAUUAUUAUGGACCUAAGUGCGUAGCAUCGUUUGGAAAAGUUGCCGAAAUAAGAACUAUCGAAGGGAAUGCAUUUCAAGUUCCCGUUGUACCUGUAAAAUCCACCGGUAAUUCAAUCCAGUAUCAAGAAUACGUUCCAGAAACGGGCACAAUUUCUAAAGAGAAACUAGAAAUUGGAAGAGAUGACAUACUUCGUAGAAUUGGAAAUUACAUCGAAAUGAUUGCAGCGGAAGGUGGAGAUAUAAGAUUCAUACGUAAUUAUCACGUCUAUCAUAAUACAAUCGAGUGGAAGAAGACCCCUGAAGGGACCCAAAACCAAAUUAGCAAUAAUCCAACUGGUGAUACUAACGCCGAUGUGGAAGUUGACUUCAGUACUCCAGGAACUUCAAGAAAUCGAGAACCCAAUGACGACGUAUCUAACCCAUCAAAAAAGUCGCGAAAUCAACUAUCUAUCAGCAGGAAUUUUAUCCACCAAGAAGAUAUGAAGCACACAGUAAAUUUGUUGACAAAAUUUAAAGAUAAUGGUUUAACCAGCUUAUUACAAAAUAACGAAUUGUUAUCCCUGCGAAAAAUUGUUCACUCCAUGGAUUUUUAUCAAACCAUAAAUAAUGUAUUUAAGCCACCACAAGAUUUAUGGUUCACAAAAAAAUUAACAAGACCAUCUAUUGUUGCCAAUUUAAAAAAUCAAAAAGGAAAGGACUUUUACUUUAAUGAUAUAACGAUAAUUACGGACACAAAUCCAAGUGAUAUUAUACUCAAAAAAAAUCCCCGAUUUACAUUAGUAACCGAAGUUCGUUAUCGUAUACAAUUUGAUUCUCAAUACGGUCUCCUUGAUCUGUCUGCAUUUCAUAGUAGUUUCAAAAAUCAAUAUAUUGUAUUACCGGAAGUGGAGUUUUUCGUCAAGGAUACAAAGUUUUAUAAUGGAAAAGAAAUUUUGGUUUUGGAAAUGCAACAGAAAGCGAUGUCAAAGGAAAGAUGGUUAAAGAUUAAUGAAUGGCAUGAUAUUAGACUUCAGAAGAUGGAAUCAAUACUGAAUGAGAGGAAAGAAAAGAUUGAGAGUGCUGCAAUGUUUGUAGCAGAAAAUACACCUCUACACAGAUUUGCCGAAGCUGAGCAAGCUUUCAAAAAUUUUAUUUUGAAUAUCAAUGGCGAAAAUAAUUUAGUUCCCACCUAUGAUAAAUUGGCGAGGGAAAUCUACGCGAGUGAUUCAAUUCCAGUCGAGUAUAUAAGAUUUAAAAUACAUAAUAACAAUUUUGUUGAUGAUGUUCUGUAUCAAAAAUCACUAGUCCAGGUGAAUGAUAUUAAUAUUGCACGGUAUACAAUUUUUACCUCAUUUAAAGGUAUUUAUAAACAGAAAGUUGAACCGGUGUUUGAAAUUUAUCACAAUUCACCUAAUAUUAGGGAAGUUAUGCGAUUUGAGGAUUUUUAUGUGAUCUAUUCUUUUACUUUCAGGAGUUUAUUAUUUGAUGCACUUGCACCAAAGAGAGUCGCUAUUUCAUUACGUAGGCUUGCCUUAAGACAGUGUAGUGAGCCCUUACUCUCUACUCCAAUUACAAUAUAUUCUAUAUCAAAAAUUACUCCAGAAGGAUUUCAAGAAGUAAUAAGAUUAAAAACUGGUGGUUAUAUCCGCUUUCCAAGAAUGGUUAGAUUUUUAUCGAAAAAAGAAAAUUUGGUGAAUACUAUUGAAUUCAAUGAACCUUCAGAUAUAAUAGUAAUGUAUGAAUUUACAAUAUCAAAUAAGGCUGGAAUAGCUGAUCUAAGUUCUAUUCUAAAUCAGAAAAAUGGACAAAUGUAUUUAAUGGAAGAAAUGAAAAUAAAAAUUAUUGAAAGGCGUAAGGAGAUAAUUGAUGGAAAGGAUGUUUUCGUAAUAAAAAUCGAAGACGAUAAAAUCCCAACAGAGAGAAGGAUGGUCAAUACAGUAAACAGAAUGAAUCAAAUAAUUCAACAUGAUUUUAAAGUUCAAGUUAAUAAUAUCAACAGUAACCGAUAAUAACG